GAACAAGCAAUUUGACAAACGCACGAAAAGUGGAGUUUACAGAGAGAGAGAGAGAGAGAGAGAGAGAGAGAGAUCGGCCAUAACCAGAUACAACACCUGACCUGACAUACUCUCUCUCAGAAAUCGCCAUACGAUCUACACCGUUUGACUCCCGGAACCACUCUCUCACUUCAAUUUCCAGCACACAUCUCUGUUUCAAAUUCAUGCUUAUUAGGGUUUGACACAGACUCCACCUUCAUCAGAUCAUGAAUUUCCUAAUUGGAGCUUUCAAGCCACCUUGUAACAUCUCAAUUUCAUUUGCUGACGCAAGAACUCGCAAACAGGUUCCAUUGAAAAAGGAAAAUGGUCAAACAAUUAUGGUUCCUCUCUUCCAAAGCCAAGAAAACAUUGUUGGGGAGGUUCUAAUAGAGCCACAACAAGGAAAGAAGGUUGAACAUACCGGCGUGAAAAUUGAGCUCCUUGGCCAGAUAGAGUUGUAUUUUGACAGAGGAAACUUCUACGAUUUUACAUCUCUUGUACGUGAACUUGAUGUUCCUGGUGAUUUAUAUGAAAGGAAAACAUAUCCUUUCGAAUUUUCUACUGUUGAAAUGCCAUAUGAAUCAUACAAUGGAGUCAACGUAAGGCUUAGGUACAUUUUGAAAGUGACCAUCAGUCGUAACAUUGUCAGCAACGUUGUUGUGUACCAGGAUUUUGUGGUUCGGAACUACACACCACUUCCAUCAAUCAAUAACAGCAUAAAGAUGGAAGUUGGAAUUGAGGAUUGCUUACACAUUGAAUUUGAAUACAAUAAAAGCAAGUAUCAUUUGAAGGAUGUUAUUAUCGGCAAAAUAUACUUUCUUCUUGUGAGGAUCAAGAUUAAAAAUAUGGAGCUUGAGAUCAGGCGUCGGGAGUCCACGGGGGCCGGGCCUAAUACAUAUGUUGAGACAGAGACCCUUGCAAAAUACGAGUUGAUGGAUGGUGCUCCUGUUAGAGGAGAGUCAAUUCCUGUUAGACUGUUUUUUAGUCCAUAUGAACUAACACCAACUUAUCGCAACAUCAACAAUAAAUUUAGUGUAAAGUACUAUCUAAAUCUUGUCCUUGUGGACGAAGAGGAUCGGCGGUACUUCAAACAGCAAGAGAUCACUGUGUAUCGCCUUCUUGAGACAUCUUGAUGUUCAUAAUGAUGCCAUGCUUGCCUUUGGAAGAAACAAAUCUUGAUUUACAUUUGCUCAAUGGACACAAUCUGCUUUAAUCAGCAUGGGAAUUUGAAAUUUGCCAGGUAAAUUUAGAACAGAAUGCGUUGAAGCAUCUUUUAGUAACUGUUAACCUUUGCUCAAUUUUUUGAAGGAUUUAGCUAUGUUGUAUGUGUUCUUCGAUGAUGCCUCUUUUGGGUUAGCUUCUCUAGUUUCAAAAUCCCUUGUGAUGAAAGGUCCUUUUUUGUGGACUAUUUAUGUUUGAUUUUUUAGGGCAGUGUGGUGAAACCUGCUUUUUUAAGGCGAAUGUGUGUUGGUUUUGUUGAUGAUACAGACCCUGUAAAUUGGCGUUGAAAUUUUGAUUGUACUGUCAAUGUAUUUGUCGUUUCUAGUUUAUCGGUAGUCUAAGUCCAACUUCAUCCUGUUACUUGUUUGAUCUAUAAAUUUGAAAUGGGAAUUGAAAAUUCGUGUGAUU